GCUCGUGGAUGUGUGGCCGAGUGGUUAGCGUGUCAAGCUACCGUCCUGCACUGUCGCGGUUCGAGUUCCGCUGAGGGUGUUGAUGAGACCAAUGCGAGGUCGAAACUGCAGUCAACUGGUGCCUGGAUGAGAACAACUUUUAGGAAUGCAAAGCUAUACAAACGAAUCAGCUUCCAAAUCGAGGGUGGCCCAUCUCCCGACCGCGGUUACAUCAGCUCGAAAAUGGCCAAUGGACUUGCCUACCACUACCCGCUGGCCUCGAGCAUGCCCCGGACGAUCUGGAAGCUUGCCGAUGAUCUGUGCCGGUUGCAGGGUCUGUAA